UAGAGGUUGAGGAAAAGUCAAGGCGAGCAGGCGGACUCUUUCAAGCACCUAUGUGUUUGAUUUCAAAUGCUAUACGUAAAAAAGAAACGAAGAAAGAAAAGGAGUGAAAAUUACUCCUCACAUAAUUUUCAUCCUUUUCUCCUAACUUCCUAAAUCCUGAUCGUUGGAUUACUUCAUCCCACAAGGAUAAAGAAACCCAACAAGAACCCACCUUCAAAUUUGGGAAAUAGUGCAGUUCAAUCUUCUCUUGCCUUCAGACAAUACAGUGAUUAGACCUUUUCCAUAUGGCUCUAGUUGAUACAUGAUGCUGGCAGAAAGAGCUCAUUAGCGUAUUUUCAGCAUUUUCAGUUCAGAUACAUCCAGUCGGUUGUGUUUAAUAAGAUGUCCAUGGUGCAAGUCCCUUGCAUAGUAGCUGUAGAAUGACCCCUAAAAGAAGUUUCCAAUGAAUUCUUUUCUUUCUAGCUGAAAUCCGGCUCAGAUGAAAAACAUCUGGUGUCUCGACCAAGAUGUCUGAUUCAGCUAAGGAGUCCGAGGGAAAACGUGUUAACAGUGGGGGUCAGGUGAGGGAAGACAGCGAGUAUGUGAGAUUGGUCAUACCAAAUGAACUAAGGAUAUCUGAACCCGAUACUCUGGAAUCUCAAUCACAAGCAAGAAAAAGUUCUCUUACAUGGUGGAUCAAGGCCAUAACAUGGUGUUCAAUCACUAUAAUUGUUGUUCUUAUUUUUUUUAAAUGGGGGGUUCCAUUUAUUCUAGAGAAGGUUCUUUUCCCAAUUCUUCAAUGGGAAGCAACUGCAUUUGGUCGGCCUGUGCUUGCACUCGUACUUGUAGCUUCUUUGGCAUUUUUCCCCGUGUUUCUAAUUCCUUCUGGUCCUUCCAUGUGGCUAGCGGGGAUGGUUUUUGGUUAUGGCCUGGGGUUUGUCAUAAUCAUGGUUGGAACAACUAUUGGAAUGAUCCUGCCAUACUCAAUUGGUUUACUCUUUCGUGAUCGAAUUCAUCAAUGGUUAAAAAGAUGGCCUCAAAAGGCUGCUAUGAUUCGAUUGGCCGGAGAAGGAAGUUGGCUCCAUCAGUUUAAAGUGGUUGCACUUUUUAGGAUUUCGCCAUUUCCUUACACUAUUUUUAAUUAUGCAAUAGUGGUGACAAGUAUGACAUUCUGGCCCUAUUUGUGGGGAUCAGUUACCGGAAUGAUUCCUGAAGCCUUCAUUUACAUCUACAGUGGUCGACUCAUAAGAACGUUAGCAGAUGUCAAGUAUGAGAACCAUCACCUGACACUAGUCGAAAUCAUCUACAACGUCAUUUCCUUUAUCAUUGCUAUCAUCACGACUGUUGCUUUCACAAUCUAUGCAAAGAGAACAUUAAACGAUCUUAAAAUGGCAGUGGCCAAUGGUGAAGGCUCUACACAUAAAAAGAGCAAUUUUGAGCUGAAUAAACUUCCACUUGAAAACCCAAAACCCCGGUCCAAGUAACGUUCUAGAUGCAGAACGCAUUUGGUUCGUGUAAUGAAUUUAGCUUAUACGAAACAUCUAUGUUUUUCGUCUUUCUUGACAUAGAUUAAGUUUAGUUUGAACCUUAUAUUGUAAAUAAUUGACAUUCAUGAGGGUUCUAUUUUGUUAUGGUUUUGAAG